UUGGCCGCCCUCCGGCCGCAGGAGCAACUGGUGGCUGCCGCUUCCCCGCCCGAGCUUGUGUGGCCCCGCGUCGCUCUCCCUCCCCUGCUGCUUCCGGUAUCUCCUUCCCCUCCACAACAUCCAGCUCCUCACGCGAAUCUGCUUCUCUUGGCCCCUUUUCUUUCACUCCUUCCUUCCUCCCUUCCUCACCCGUGGAUCCAAAGCCAAGACUGAUCGCUAGCAGCAUCCGCAUGAACGCUUGAUUGAUGGUUGGUUCAGGUACUGCAAGAGUUGUGGAUCAGAACUCGAAACUGGCUGCAAAAUCUGCUUAAUGAAGGCAUAAUUGGGAUUAUUUGUAGGGCUCAAGUUUCAUAAUUUUUUGGUGACACACAGCUUGUCUGCAUAUGGCUAGCAAUAUGUAUGGUACUGUAGCAGCUUGUAGAGUUUGCUAUAGUGAUCAGUAUGGAAUGCCACAAAAGCUGAAAGGGCUAGGCCUCACGUUCUUGAAUUGUGUGCCCCAAAAAUUAGAGGUAAGGAGGUGGAUAAAUGGGUAUCACUUAGUCUUCAGGCUCUGUCCAAAUGAUAGGCAUUGGCAAACCAACGGGAAGUCCAAUUGUUCCCUGGUUCGACAAGGCUGCAAUGUUCGGUGUCAUUCUUAUGGUUCUCAUAAUAGCAGCGAAACUAAAGAUAGCAAAAUUUCAGAAGAUUGCACCAAUCCUUACAGGGAUUUCGAACAACAUUCAAGGGGAAGUUCUCAAUUUCCAGAUGACCAAGUUGCAUCGAAGAAGAAGUCAGCCUAUGCUAGUCAAGGGUUGGCCGAUGCCUGCAAAUUUGUUUACAAUGAUGCAAAGUUUGUAAAUGAAAGGGCUCAAAGUGACAUUCUAUUGCUUUCACGUGGCAUAACAAGGCUGAACAAACGGGCGUGUCAGGAUGUUGCUGUUUUAGGCUUGGGGUUUCUCAAGCUUGAUGCUCGUGCAAGGAAGGAUACUCAAAAGAUUGACCACAGUGUGAAGGAGAGGGCAGCCUGCCUUAACGAUUUUGCUAGAGCAUUAAAGGAACGAGCUGAGUCGGACUUGAAGAAAGCUGCAGACCAACAUUGGAGUGAUGGUGCUUUAGAGGCAGAUCUGCGACGAGCUAACUUGGUUGUUAAACGACGUGCCAUGGAGGAUGCUUUCAUGGCUUUGAAGUUUGUUCGGGAUAUCCAUGACAUGAUGGUGAACAGAUUAUAUGAGCAGCUUCCAAAGGAUGGUUCUUCUCGUACAAAUUCAAUAAGGUUUAUUACACUUGAGAGAAAUGGGAAGACUCUUGAACUGUUUCCUGGUGAAGUUUCUGCUGAUCAGAUUAAUGCCAUAGAGGAAGCAUACUGGAGUAUGGCAUCUGCCUUUUCUGAAGCUGAUGGUAUCGACUACACAGAUCCUGAGGAGCUUGAAUUGUUAGUAGCAACUCUUAUUGACCUGGAUGCCAUGGAUGGAAAAAGGAGUGUUUCCUUGAUAUCUGAAUGUUCAAGCUCUCCAGAUGUUAAUACUAGGAAAGCCCUAGCUAAUGCAUUGGCUACAGCUCCAUCCAUGUGGACUCUUGGGAAUGCUGGCAUGGGUGCAUUGCAGAGAUUGGCUCAAGAUUCCAAUUAUGCUGUAGCUAGGGCUGCAUCAAGAGCAAUUGACGAACUCAAGAAGCAGUGGGAACUUGAGGAAGGUGACAGUCUGAGGUUUGUCAUGAAUCAAAAUUUGGCUGCUGAGAAGACUGAUGAUGACAACUCAGGAGCAGAUGACACCACGUGAGGUGCAAAUAAGAUGAAAGAUUAAAAUUCUAGUAAGGAUGGAUACAAGGAUAAGAAAACAUCAAGGGCAACACAUAAGGCAUUCCAACAUGACCGUUAGAACUGAAGAUCAGAUAUAUGAGCCAGCUACUUUUCUUAUACUUCAUUGCAGCGAAAUAGGUUGCUCAGUGACCAAAAUUCGCAUCAAGGAUGAAUCAUUUCAGUACACUGAGAAUUGGGAAACAGCGUAAAUAGAACUGUAUCCUGGAACAUUGUUUAUAGAUGAAGCAAACGGGUAUGUUUGAAUAA